AUGACUGAGGACAACCAAUCAUUUACAACUGAAUUUAUUCUCAUCGGGUUUACAGACCACCCAGACAUGAAGACCCUUCUGUUUGUGGUGUUCUUUGGCAUCUAUUUGGUCACCAUGGUGGGGAAUCUAGGGUUGGUGGCCUUGAUUUACAUGGAGCGCCGUCUCCACACACCCAUGUACAUCUUCCUGGGCAACCUGGCUCUCAUGGAUUCCUGCUGUUCCUGUGCCAUCACUCCCAAGAUGCUAGAGAACUUCUUUUCUGAGGACAGAAGGAUUUCCCUCUAUGAAUGCAUGGCACAGUUUUAUUUUCUCUGUCUUGCUGAGACUGCAGACUGCUUUCUUCUGGCAGCAAUGGCUUAUGAUCGCUAUGUGGCAAUAUGCAGACCACUGCAGUACCACACCGUGAUGUCAAAGAAGCUCUGCAUUCAGAUGACCACAGGAGCCUACAUAGCUGGAAACCUGCAUCCCAUUGUUCAUGUAGGACUUUUAUUUAGGUUAACUUUCUGUGGGUCUCAUCAAAUCAAUCACUUCUUUUGUGAUGUCCUUCCAAUAUACAGACUCUCCUGUGUUGACCCUUAUAUCAACAAAUUGAUGAUAAUUAUCUUGGCAGGGUCAGUUCUGAUACUUACAAUUACUAUUGUCCUAAUCUCUUAUUUCUAUAUCCUUUUCACUAUAUUUACAAUGAAAUCUAAAGAAGGAAGGGGCAAAGCUCUAUCUACUUGUGUAUCCCACUUUCUUUCUGUUUCCAUAUUCUAUGGUUCUCUUCUUUUCAUGUAUACUCGACCAAAUUCACUUAAUGAAGGGGAUAAAGAUAUACCUGUUGCAAUUUUUUAUACUCUAGUUAUUCCUUUAUUAAAUCCUUUCAUUUAUAGUCUAAGAAAUAAGGAAGUAAUAAAUGUUAUGAAAAGAAUUAUGAAGAAAAGACAAUUUUGUAAUAUUGUAAAACAACAAUUUCCCAUGGAAAAUUGA